AUGUCAGGGGACAGUAGCCAGGGUGACAAAACCCAGUGCAAUGGAGUCAAAAAUCACAGGUCAGCUCUUCCUGCUGCAAUGUUCCCACGAAACAAUGUCAGUAUGUGGAGCGUUCUCAAAAAAUGCAUUGGGAUGGAACUGUCUAAAAUCACAAUGCCAGUGAUUUUUAAUGAGCCUUUGAGUUUUCUUCAGAGAUUGACUGAAUACAUGGAGCACACAUACCUCAUCCAGAAGGCCAGCGCUUCACAAGACUCCAUCCACAGAAUGAAGUGUGUGGCAGCUUUUGCUGUGUCAGCUGUGGCCUCACAGUGGGAGAGGACGGGAAAACCCUUCAACCCGCUGCUCGGAGAAACCUACGAGCUGCUCAGAGAGGAUCUGGGGUUCAGAUGGGUCUCUGAGCAGGUCAGUCAUCAUCCACCGGUCAGUGCCUUCCACGUCGAGGGCAUUAAGAACGACUUCAUGUUUCAUGGCUCCGUUUACCCAAAACUCAAAUUCUGGGGAAAGAGUGUGGAGGCCGAACCGCGUGGAAUCAUCAGCCUAGAGCUUCCUCUCCACAAUGAAGCCUACACCUGGACCAACCCGACCUGCUGUGUUCAUAACAUUAUCAUGGGACAACUGUGGAUUGAGCAAUAUGGAAAUGUUGAAAUUAUUAAUCAUAAAACUGGGGAAAGAUGUUGUUUGACUUUCAAGCCGUGUGGCAUCUUUGGAAAAGAGUUACAUAAAGUGGAAGGAUACAUUCUUGAUAAAAGCAAAAAAAAGAUCUGUGCUCUGUAUGGCAAGUGGACGGAGUGUUUGUAUUCUGUGGAUCCAGCGACAUUUGAUGCUCACAGAAAAUCUGACACAAAGCGCUCUGAGAAGGACAGGAAGGGAAGCACACAGAGCAAUAAUGCGGAUGAGGAGCCGGAUGAAAUGCCUCCUCCAGAAGCCGAGACAGUGCAGGUGAUUCCAGGGAGUGAGCUGAUCUGGAGGAUAUCACCGCGGCCACAUAACUCCGGAAAAUACUAUGCUUUCACAUCAUUCGCUCUGCAGUUGAAUGAGCUGGACACAGAGAUGGAGCGAGUUCUUCCACAGACAGACUGUCGUCUGAGACCUGAUAUCAGAGCCCUGGAGAAUGGAGACAUAGAUGCAGCCAGUGCAGAGAAGAACAGACUGGAGGAAAAACAACGAACGGCUCGGAAAAAUCGCUCCAAAUCAGACGAGGAAUGGAAAAUAAGGUGGUUUCAUCAGGGGCCAAACCCUUACACCGGAGCCCCAGACUGGCUCUACACCGGCGGCUACUGGGACAGGAACUACUCACACCUGCCUGACAUAUACUGACCUCAAACUACUGCAAACAUCUGGGGGAAUGAAGCGCCCUGCUGCUCUGGAACUGCAGCUGAGUCUAUAUUAUAAAUGAGUGUCCGUUUUGGUGCUACACCAUGAUUAUGACACAGUUAAAGUAAUCAUGACAUACAGUAAGAGCACAAGAUCUAACCUGAGCUUUAUCUUUUAGCCCAUUCAAGUGUAGUAUUCAUUUAUAUAAAACAUUCAAAUAUAACAAUAGAUAUGUGAAAUAAUGUGUGUAACGUCACAAGAAUUUAUUGAAAACAUUUGGAACAUUUAAACCUCAAACGUUUUAAUUUUUAUGGAACCUUUUAAACAAUUAAUAUGGAUUAUUUUCAUACAACUAGAUAUAGAACUGAUUUGAAUAGAUUAGAGUCUACAUUAAAAGAAAGAAUGAUUCACAUCCAGUCAAAUGUGCCUGGAUGAAACAUAAAUAUCCUGAAAACAAAUAUGUUGAAAAUAUGAAGAGUUCUGAUGUAAAAUCCUGUAAAUCCAUUUUUUCUUUCAAAAUUAGCUUUAGCUUUUUUUUUUUUUUUUAAAUCAGGCUCCUACGAAAAUAUAUAUGUAAAAAAAUAAUAAUAAGGCAUUCAAUAACUGACUAAUAACCUUUUCUUUGCCAUUAAAGUGAAUUUACUGAAUCUAAACAUAGGAGCCUCUUAAAAAUGCUAAUUUAAAAGAAAAAAGUCUUCAUGUAUGGUGCGCAAAUAUUCUAAUCAACUCUUAAAAUACUGAAUUUUGAAAAGUUUUGCUGAAGGGUGUUUUGGAAGCUCACAAUAAAUCUGCUUGUGUUUGACAAAGACGGUACUCUGCAGCAUUCAUGCAUCAAAUUGCUCUUUAAAGAUUCAAAUAUUUGUGGUUUGACAUCAGCAGGUUUGCUAAAUGUCUUAAAGAGGGAAAUAAAAUGAAUAUUUUGGAAAAUGGGCUCUUUGUUGUGUACAUAUCUAUUAAACAGCUGCGCCCUGAAAAAUGCACAUUCUAUCAUGUAAACACUAUAUUUCUCAUUCCACAUAACACUUUUUUACUGUU